AUGUCAGAUAGAACCAGUAUUAUAAGAAGAAGAAAGAAUGAAGAAGGAAGCCCUACGGCCGGUAUCGCCGAACAACAUGAGAAUAAGCCUCUGGCAAGCAUCGAUAAGAAAGAUCAAACAUCGAAGCCGCAACUAGAGUCAUGUUGCCCGUUGGCAACUCCCUUUGAAAGAAGGCUGCAAACACUGGCUGUGGCAUGGCACACCUCUUCAUUUGUACUGUUUUCAAUAUUUGCAUUGUUUGCAGUAUCGACGCCGGCACUAUGGGUUUUUGUUAUUCCGUAUAUGAUCUACUUUUUCUAUGAUAGAUCUCCUGCGACUGGUGAUGUGGUAAAUCGGUACUCCCUUCAAUUUCGUUCGUUGCCUGUUUGGAGAUGGUACUGUGAUUAUUUUCCUAUAACUCUGAUUAAAACCGUCGGCUUGAAACCAACCUUCACACUUUCAAAGAAUAAAAUCAGCAAUGAAAGAGUAUAUAAGAUCAGACUGUGGCCAACUAAAUACUCUAUCAACUUAAAGAACAACUCUACCAUUGACUACCGUGGCCAGGAAUGUACGGGGCCAACAUACUUAUUCGGUUAUCAUCCGCACGGUAUCGGGGCCCUUGGUGCUUUUGGGGCGUUUGCAACUGAAGGUUGUAAUUAUUCUAAAACCUUUCCUGGUAUUCCGAUCUCCUUAAUGACAUUGGUCACUCAAUUUCAUAUUCCGUUAUACAGAGAUUAUUUAUUGGCAUUAGGUAUUUCUUCGGUGUCAAGGAAGAACGCUUUGAAGACUUUGAGCAAAAACCAAUCAAUCUGUAUUGUCGUUGGUGGGGCCAGGGAGUCUUUAUUAGGUUCAACAAAUGGCCCACAAUUAAUAUUGAACAAAAGAAAGGGAUUCAUCAAACUGGCCAUUCAAACAGGGAACAUCAAUCUGGUACCCGUGUUUGCAUUCGGAGAGGUAAACUGCUAUAACGUUGUGAGCGCAAAAAAGGAUUCGAUCUUGAGUAAAAUGCAAUUAUGGUUCAAAGAAAACUUUGGUUUUACCAUUCCCAUUUUCUACGCAAGAGGGUUAUUCAACUAUGAUUUCGGUUUAUUACCAUUUAGAGCACCUAUCAACGUCGUCGUAGGGAGGCCCAUUUACGUUGAAAAGCAAAUAGAGGAUCCACCAGAUGACGUCGUCAAUUAUUUUCAUGACCUAUAUACAGAAGAGCUGGAGAGACUAUAUUAUGAAAAUAGAGAGAAAUACGGGGUAUCGGACGCAGAAUUAACGAUAGUUGGUUGA